GAUAAAUAUGGUUUCCUAAAAAGUUCGCAAUGGAUCACAGAAGAAGAAUAUGAUGAGUUUGAAAACUAUUAUGCACCCAUCAUGAAACGAAGACUAGUCAAAUGGAAGCAGUUAUUACAAGAGCACCAUCAACAGUGGCCACCCAGAAGCAAUAAACUCAAGCGAUACAUACGAAAGGGUAUUCCAGCCGAGUUAAGAGGACAGGCUUGGUUGCAUUACAGUGGUGCAAAGGCAAAGAUGGAAGCCAACAAGGGUCUCUACGACGAACUACUGCAUAUGGCUGAUCAAUUAGGCUCCAAAAACGAAAACUUGGAAAUUAUCGAACGUGAUCUACAUCGAACGUUUCCAGAGAACGAUCAAUUCAAGAGUAUUGCUGAUUCGACUCCACCAAUGAUAGAGGCCUUAAAAAGGGUCCUGGUUGCUUUUUCAAUCUAUGCUCCAUCCAUCGGUUACUGUCAAUCACUCAAUUACAUUGCUGGCAUUUUGUUAUUACUCAUGACUGAAGAAGAAGCAUUUUGGACAUUUGUGACGCUUAUCACAGACAUUUUACCCCCUAAUAUAUACGACGUGACCAUGGAAGGUGCUAAUAUUGACCAAAACGUGCUGAUGCACCUAAUCUCCGAAAGAUACCCACUCUUGUGGAACAAGAUGUCUCCUAAUCAGUCCUUUUGGGAAUGUGAGGCACAGCUAGAAGGUGGCAUGCCAACUUGUUCAUUGGUUACCAGCCAUUGGUUCCUGACCUUGUUUAUCAAUAUUUUGCCUAUUGAAUCUGUGCUGCGCGUGUGGGAUUGUCUGUUUUAUGAUGGUCAAAAGGUUCUCUUUCGUGUUGCCUUGGGCAUAUUCAAAUUGAAUGAGAAUGCAAUUCUUGCAGUCAAUGAUCCACUGGAAGUAUUUCAAGUGAUUCAGGUAAAAUCAAGAAUAUACUUGUUUAUGUAA